CUUCCCGUGUGUGAGAAUACUCCCUCCAUCUCCUGUUCUUUCUCCUUCUCCAGGCCGGUUUGCCUCCUCCAGGUUUCUAUUCUCCGGCUUCGAAGCCGGUCGCUUUACCGAGAACUUGAUUGACAAUCAGUACUGCUUUGUCAAUCGUCAUAAGUCGCGUGCACAAAAUCUUGCCAAUAUCUCAAUAAACACGUGACAGAUGGUUCACUCGUAAUUUUUCAUUGUCGCAGAAAAGAUAUAAAACAGAGACAAAUAGAUAAAAAGAAAUGCAUUAUUUAUAUUCCACGCAAUUAUAAAAAAAAGAUAAAUGGAUAUGAAAUAUUUACAUUCAGACGUUCCUUGAAAAUUCCGUGCAGUCUGCAAAUAUUAUCAGUGUUUAAUCAUUCUUACGACGAUUAUUUUGAUCUUUUUUUCCGAUUUGCAAAUAAUUUUAAAAAUUGUGAAUUGAAGUGUAAAAUACGAUUUCGUGAAUAUUUAUAUAUUGCUUUCAAUUCGACCGGAAAUUCGUGGUAAAGUUCGACGUUCUCGGAACAGUGGGUGUGUCGCGGUUUGUCUCGCGAUGGAAGCAGGAUGCGAGUCGAAGGCUGGUGCCGAUAAUCUUUAUGAACCUUACAAUACUGAAAAAACGGAAACGAAUUUUCUGAGUCUUGAUGCAUUGCUGGCAGAUCUUCAGAACACAGUAUCAUCGGAAGGAAAUCAUGUCGGUAGUAAUGCGACUCCUGGUUACGGAUCACUGAACGGCGCACGAACUACCGCCUAUAGAUCCUACGAUAAUCGAACUUCUCCUCUUCCGCCACAAUCGCCAACUUAUCAGAAUCGCGAAGCUAUCGAGGAGAGCAUCGCGAAAAGUAGCGGAGGAGGAAAAAUGCCUUCUUUAAACAACAAUCUCUCGGAGUUAGACACGUUGCUCCAAGAUUUAAGCAACGCCCAUUACAAUGCUCAUUAUCAGGAAAGAGAAAAUCGUAUUUCCUCGAGUGGAAUGAAUGGAGACUCUAGUCCAAUGCUUCGUUCUCCAAGUAGCAUGUCAGCCUCGAGACCUACCGUCGAUUCAUUGCUCGAGGAGUUGAGUACUGCGGUACCAAACGGAGAUUAUCCUUCCGAUGGAAGAGUGAAAGUUACCAUACAGGAAACGUCGACGGAAAUCCAGCCCGUGUAUGACGGUUAUCCUUCUAGGCAACACGGAUCGUUAAAUCGUGGCGAAGUCCAGAGAAGUUAUAGCAAUGGUCACACUGCCAGUAACGCUACCAAGGAACUCGAUGAUUUAAUGGCUUCUCUAUCCGAAUUUAAGAUCAAUAGUAGUUCCCAUCAACAUCAAACAGUGACUGAUUCUCCAUACGCUAAACCGAACAAAGCGACCAAGAGUUCACAAAGCCCGUUGCCAUCCGAGGGCACGCAAACUAGAAUUCACAUCACCGAAACUCACACCACUCAUCACUACCAACAGCAACACGGAGAACCUUAUCCACCACAGCCAGCGACUCAGACCAAACAGAAUCAAUUGGAUUCUAUGCUAGGAAAUCUUCAAGCCGAUAUGAGUCGUCAAGGAGUGAACACUACACAAAAAGGAUGCUGCAGCGCUUGCGAAAAACCUAUCGUGGGACAAGUGAUCACUGCUCUAGGAAAAACUUGGCAUCCAGAACAUUUCACAUGCACGCACUGCAAUCAGGAACUGGGCACACGAAAUUUCUUUGAAAGAGAGGGACAUCCGUAUUGCGAACCUGAUUAUCACAAUCUUUUUUCUCCACGUUGCGCCUACUGUAAUGGCCCCAUUCUAGACAAAUGUGUAACCGCUUUGGAAAAAACUUGGCAUACGGAACACUUCUUUUGCGCUCAGUGUGGCAAACAAUUUGGGGAAGAGGGAUUCCACGAGCGGGACGGAAAGCCGUACUGCCGUGAGGAUUACUUCGAUAUGUUCGCUCCGAAAUGCGGUGGAUGUAAUCGUGCUAUUAUGGAAAAUUACAUAUCCGCCUUAAACAGUCAAUGGCAUCCAGACUGUUUCGUUUGCAGGGAUUGCAAGAAGCCAGUUUCUGGAAAGUCGUUUUAUGCGAUGGAGGGCAAACCUGUUUGCCCUAAAUGCGUUGGUGUCGAUGAUGAUGAAGAGGAAGAAGAAGAAGCAUAAGCAAUGCUUCGAUUUCUUAUGUAAAAAAUCCUAUUGUUCCUUCUUUAUGCUGUCAGGCUGCAAAAAUGUAUAAACCUGACUUUCCCCAUAUUUUUUCAACAGGUGAUUUAGGUAAUCCACGAAGGAAGAAUGUGCUGAUUUAAUUUCAUCGUCGUCAUAUCUAUCUUUCUCAAAAUUACUCAUUUACGUAUAUGAAUACACAUACACAUACGCACACGCACACACAUACAUAUAUGGUAUAAUACACAUUAUAAACAAUUAAGAUAUUGUUAAGGAAUAUAAUAUUAUUCUAUGGAAAAUUAUUCAAUGCAGUCAGAAUUGAUUUUUGUUGUCGAACUACGUUUUUUAGAUAGAUAAACAUUUAUUAACAAUCGUUAUACUAAUAUCAAUUGCUAGUAUUGUAUGCAAAAUAAAAAUAAAUUAGGAAAAAAAACGAAAAAACAUA